AUCGUUCUGUUGGUUGUCGCUGCGGAGGGACAGUCCUCCCUUCCUUCUUCCGCGGAGCAGACGAAGUUGGAGAUGUCUGUCACCCCCUCCCAAAGCAGCAAAGAGACGGAACCGACACCUGCCGAGGAUUCGAAAGACGGACUACCUCCGUUCGGCGAUGACGCAAAAGCAGAAUUGGAAUUCUUCGAGUCCCUGAUGGACGACACCGAAGACGACGAAUCCAAAGAAGAGUCCAAAAAGCCGGACGAAGACGAGUUCCUGUCCGUCACGGUGCUGUACCCGGACCAACUGCGGAGACAAGGAGACCUGAAUCCGGAAUUCGGGCAGAGACAGACCCGACCCGGGGUGGAGUUCGACGACCCGCAGCCCCCCAAAGCGGACGACCGCUUCCCCCCUCCGCCCGUCUACCCGCCGAAGAGGGACAGGGACCAGGACAACCCGCCCCUGCUACAGUUGACUCAGGGCGGCUACCGGAAACCGUACGAAUCCUCCAUCAGCCAGAGGCAGGAACCGGAUUCCAAGUCGGACGAGGACCAGGCCGCGAAGAUUCAGCCCCAGGUGUCCUACUCGCCCGCAUUCCGGCAGCCCCAGUACGCGUCGUUCGGACCGGGACCCGUGCUGCAGAAUCCGUUCGUCGCCCAGCACCGGAACUUCGUCGGUCCGAACAGCAUCCUGCCGACUUCCGUCCAGAGCGGAUUCCUGAACACCCCGCCGGUCGGAUUCACGGACUUCGCCAACUUCCAGGCAUCGUUCCCCGCCGCGAGGGACAACGGGGGGUAUCCGAGCCUGAUGCAAGACCCCGGCCUCGUGCCCCUCUUCCAGUCCCCGCUGUUCCAGAACUCCCAGUACCAGCUCGUCGACCCUUCCAGGACCCUCCAGGGCCACCUGUUGAGCGGAAGUUACGAGACGGUGGACAGGCCCGACUACGCAGCCUACUUCCGGCACCCGACUCCGCCCAGCCCUCAGUUCCAAGUGCCGCCAAACUACUACGGCGCAGUCGCGGGGAAUAACGUCUUCGGCAACCCUUUCCUCGCCAACAACCCCGCUUCGCCGCCAUUCACGCCAAGGUACAUCCGAUUCCAGUCGCCAGGAGGGAAUCCCGUUCCUCCCAACGGUCAACGCCAACAAGACAUCCCACGGGAAAACCAACCAACCAAAUUAGAAGAACCGACUCCGAACGAGCCCGAUCCGGUCCCCUUCGGGACUCGUCUGCAGGCCCCACCCCAGGACAGCCAGACGGACUUUUACAUGAGGUACCCGGUGAGGGAUGCUGGCUACGCCACGGAGGAAAGUCUACCCUCCCAGAAUGCGACUGAGGAUGAUUCUCCCGCCAGGAGGUUCUUCCCCCUACCCAGGCCCUUCGGAAGGGACCCUUACAGGGAUGCCCUGAACGUUCUACAGCAGCAGCCCUCCACGGACAGUCGGGUGAAUAGCACCGAAGGCGAAACUUUCUUCAGGAACCGACCCUUCGGGGACUACCCGAACCUGUCCACGUUCCACAGUCCGGCGUUCCAUCCGGCCAUGGGAGGAUCCGGGAACGCUUUCGAACGUCCGGAUGCGAACUUCCAGUUCAUGAAUCCGGCCCGCCCCGGAUCCGGUGAGGGAGACGGUUCGGUGACGCCCGCUUGCGCUCUCCAGAGCAACGCAUCCAUGUGCUUCGAGGAUAAAGAUUAUCCGAGGCAAGACGUGCACUACUCGCUCAACUCGGACGCCUACGUGUUGGAGCGCUUCACGACGCCGGGGCUGGGGGCGGAGCCGAACCGGACGAGCGAGAGGUCCAUCUGUGGGGCGGACGUGCGCUACGGGGCGCCCCUGCGCGGGAAAAACGCCCAAGGACGCUGGAAGGUCAUCGUCAACAUGGACAGCGGGCUCGCCGAGGGACGCUUCACGCAGAUGGUCAGGCUCGAAGUCUGCAGGUCGAGUGGCGACCCCUGCAGCCACACCGACGACAAGGUAAAGACGAGCUGUGUCCAACAGUACAGCCUGCAGAGUCUCCUGUCCUGGAGCACAGACCGGGGGGUGCACAGUGACCUGUACAGGCUACCCGUCGCCUGCUCGUGCCAGCUAGUGGACGCUUGACCACGCCCCCCUUACUAGAAGCAUCAUCGUAGAAAGAACAAAACAAUACUAAUACUCCAGUGGAUGUGAUCGUCGUUCUCCAAGAACAACCAUUCCAUAGUCGUAAAACAGUCGAACCCCGCUAUAGGACUCCGUUUAUAUCGACCUUCACUAUAGCUGAUUAUGCUCAUAUAGCAGUGGCGAAUCCAGGGGGGCGGCUAUGAGGCUGCAGCCGUCUCCAGACCAGAAAUAAAUUCUUUCUUUCAGCCUUUGUCUAUGCAU